AUGACUGACGGAGUCUUGCUGAAUCGAUUGCAACAAGAUCCCGAGUUGGAGGGUGUUGAUGCCAUACUUCUGGAUGAAUUUCACGAGCGCGGUGUGGGGUCAGAUACUUGUCUGGCACUAUGUCGCGAAGCCCAAAAGAUGUUUCGGCCAGAUCUCAAGUUAGUGGUCAUGUCGGCGACAUUGUUGGGAAGUAGUAGUAGCAGUCGUAGUAGCAACAAUAUUGAUGAGGACACCACCAAUGACACCACGUCCUCUCCCUACGCCAAUCUCAUGACAGCCAUGGGAGGACCCUCCGAAUGUCAAGUGGUUCAGAGUCAAGGGCGCCAGUACCCAAUUGAUAUCAUUUGGGGCAAUGAAAUGUCCAUGAAAACUACAAUAGGAUCGUCGCCGAACUUGAUGAGAUUGCCAUUGGCUCGACUCAAACAAGAUCGCAAGGAAUUGACCAAGUUAAUGUGCCAUGCCAUUCUCCAAGCCAUUCCACAAAGUCAAGGCGGUGAUAUCUUGGUAUUUCUGCCAGGAGCGGCCGAGAUUCGAAACGUCGUGCGGGCCUUGAAAGCAGAACAAAGUCGAGGCGGAGGUGGCAGCUCGGCUCUUUUGGCCAAUUGGGACAUUUUACCUUUGUAUGGUGCACUAUCAAAGGAAGAACAAGAUUUGGCCAUUUCAUCGUCUUUUUCAUCCAGCAACGCUUCCCCCAAAAUCAUAGUCUCUUCACCUAUCGCCGAAGCCUCUUUGACAUUGCCUCGAGUCACUUGCGUUGUGGAUUCGGGAUUGCGUCGAGAACCUCGAUGCGACGUGGAUACGGGAAUGCCUCGGUUGGUCACCACCAUCUGCUCCAGAGCCUCGGCCAUUCAACGGGCUGGCCGUGCGGGACGAGUCCAAGAAGGUACUUGCCUUCGAAUUUAUACCGAACAAGAAUGGCAAAGUCAAAUGGAAGAGUAUGCUGCACCAGAGAUUACAAGUACUGACUUGUCACCUACCCUCUUGCUGUUGGUGCGAUGGGGAUGUGCUUCCAAGCAAGACAUUUUGAAUGACUUGGAUUUUGUGGAUCCUCCGCAACAAGACACACUGGAUCAAGCGACACGAUUGUUGAUCGAUUUGGGUUGUCUGGAAGACAAUGAAUCAACUGGUGACGACAAGCUAGUCUUGACACAAACUGGCAAGGCCGUUUCAGAGGUACCAACGCAUCCUCGUCUAGCAACAAUGCUGGUCCGAGCAUCGAAGGAUCCAGUUCUGUUGGCUGGAGCAGUUGCAGUGGCAUUUAUUGUGGAUGAUGAAAGUGGUAGUACUGGCAGCCGCGGAGGAUUCAAUACUGCUGACUUGGCGGUACAAAUCCAAGACUUGUAUCGUCCAUCUGCAUCCUUUCAGACUCAGAAACAACUGCUGAAAUAUGCUUCCCGCGUCGUCGGCUCAUCUGGUCGUGCCGCAGUUCAAUCGGUGAUGGAUGGGGAAACAGAAUUGUCGGAUGUCUUAUCCAACUUGGGUUUGGCCGUGUUGCCUGGAUAUGUUGACUUGGUAGCCGAACGAAAAGGAGACGCGUCCUACGGAGGUUCUACCUAUCUCUUAUCGCUGGGCCGAUCGGCAAGAUUGGAAGACAAGCAAGAUGCUUCGUUGCAAUACUUGGUCGUCUUGGACACUAGUACUGGUGAUGAUGGCAAGACUCGUAUUCGGUCCUACGUUCCCAUUCCCAACGAUCAAUUGCAAGAAGUGGCAGUGGAAAAGGAAGUUUGCUAUCCCGUCCCGAGCAAGGGGUUCGAGAUUAGGGCCAAACAAGUUACGGUUGUAGGGUCCUUGGAGCUGUCUUCCAAACCAUUGCCCGCUCCAUCGCCCGAGCAAGUGGCCAAGAUGCUGCAGCAAAUUGUCAAGGAAGGUGGCGGUGCCUACAAAACUUUGGGUUCUACCAUGCCUCAGCCCAAGCUACAACAAUUAGAUGCCCUAUUGACCCGCUUGAAACUGGCCCGUUAUGUGGCCUUGGAAAUGACCAACAAGUCCGAAAAUGGCAGUGAUACUGACAGCAAACUAGAAGAUGCCGCAUGGUACCAAGAUUUUGAAUCCGAGUGGCCCAGCUGGAUGGCGGAUACCAAAGAAAUGGACUCCUUGCUAGAUCCCUGGUGGUCGACUGGCAGUUUACGAUCCCUCAAGGAUUUGGAUUUGCUCACCAUCGUCCAAUCUUCCCUAUCCGCUACUGCCGUGAAUGCCUUGAAUUCCUACUAUCCCGAAAAGAUUGGUGCCCCUGAUGGAACCCAGAUUCCCUUGGUCUAUCAAGAACUCGUGUCGACAGAUGAUGAUAAUGGCGAUGAUGAUAAUAAUGAUAAUGAUAAUGAUGGAACGAACAAUAUCAGCACCAAUGAUCCCCCAAUAACGGUCUUGGCCAAGGCCAAAUUGCAACAAUUCUUUGGGACACUCCAAACUCCGACCAUUGGUCCACCUCAAUUCCCAGUUCCAAUCCAAUUGCAAUUAUUGUCUCCUGCCAAUCGAUUGCUCGCUCAAACCAAAGACUUGGAAUUCUUUUGGUCGGAAGUCUAUCCUCAAGUCCGGACGGAAAACAAGGGCAAGUAUCCCAAACAUCCUUGGCCAGAAGAUCCUCGGACUGCGGUUGCUAGCAAGCAAUCCAAAAAGCAACAACAACAACAACAACAGCAAUCGUCAUCCUCAUCAUCUACUGAAGCAGAUGUAGGAGGAAAUAAUGCAAAUAAGGGCAAGAAAAAGACGGGUCGCAAGAAACGAAAGAAAUAG